AUGGUUAAGGCUGGAUUUGCGGGUGAUGAUGCUCCAAGAGCUGUGUUCCCUAGCAUUGUUGGCCGCCCCCGUCACACCGGUGUAAUGGUAGGCAUGGGACAAAAAGAUGCUUAUGUUGGAGAUGAAGCUCAGUCAAAGCGUGGUAUUUUAACCCUAAAAUACCCAAUUGAGCAUGGAAUUGUGAGCAAUUGGGAUGACAUGGAGAAGAUAUGGCAUCACACUUUCUACAAUGAGCUCCGUGUUGCCCCAGAAGAGCAUCCGGUUCUUCUGACUGAAGCACCUCUCAACCCCAAGGCUAACCGUGAGAAGAUGACUCAAAUUAUGUUUGAGACAUUCAACACCCCCGCUAUGUAUGUUGCUAUUCAAGCUGUUCUUUCCCUGUAUGCUAGUGGUCGUACAACCGGUAUUGUGCUGGAUUCUGGUGAUGGUGUCAGCCACACUGUUCCCAUCUACGAGGGGUAUGCCCUCCCUCAUGCUAUCCUUCGUCUCGACUUGGCUGGUCGUGACCUUACUGAUCACUUGAUGAAAAUCCUCACAGAGCGUGGUUACUCUUUCACCACCUCUGCAGAGCGGGAAAUUGUGAGAGACAUGAAAGAAAAGUUAGCUUACAUUGCCCUUGACUAUGAGCAGGAGCUUGAGACUUCAAAAACUAGCUCUUCUGUGGAAAAGAGCUAUGAGUUGCCUGAUGGGCAGGUUAUUACAAUUGGCGCUGAGCGUUUCCGAUGUCCUGAGGUUCUUUAUCAACCUUCAAUGAUCGGAAUGGAAGCAGCAGGCAUUCACGAAACCACAUACAACUCCAUCAUGAAGUGUGAUGUGGAUAUUAGGAAGGACCUUUACGGUAAUAUUGUACUUAGUGGUGGUUCGACCAUGUUUCCAGGCAUUGCUGACAGAAUGAGCAAGGAAAUUACUGCCCUAGCUCCAAGCAGCAUGAAGAUUAAGGUGGUUGCCCCUCCUGAAAGGAAAUACAGUGUAUGGAUAGGAGGCUCCAUCUUGGCAUCCCUCAGCACCUUCCAGCAGAUGUGGAUUGCAAAGGCUGAAUACGACGAGUCCGGGCCAUCAAUUGUGCACAGAAAGUGCUUCUAA